AUGUUUCUCAUGCAGCACAACAGAGGCCCCACAGGCUGGAAGAAACUACAGAGAGGCCAGUCAGAGGAUGUGCCAUAUUCCACCAGACCUCAGGAAUGUGUUGAACUGAAGCAGGUGGAGGACAUUUCAGAUACAGAGGAAUAUCCAAACCUGGAGGGCCACUGCAGAGCGGCUUCUCUGCCCCGACUUAAUGCUGACUACUACCGGAGCCACCCUCGCCACGUUCCUGGAACCCACCUGGCACCGAUUGUGGACCUCAGUCCUAUCAGGCGCUCAGCAUCAUCACUGACGCCGCAGCACUACCAGGAGGUCGGGCUGAGGGAGUAUGAUCUGGAACGGCCCGUGUUGGCCCAGUCCUCAAUAGGGCCCGGGCAAGUCCAGGGGCAGGACAGAGCCCACCACCAUCACCACCACCACCGCUGCCAUAGACGCAGGGACAAGGAUAAAGACAAGAAGCAGAAGUCUCUGGAUAGAGCUGGAUCAGUGCAGCCCUCCAGCACUGUUGAUUCAUUCACCGACCCUUCAGCUGAAGGUUUAUCCAGAGAACGAGCGAGGGAGCGGGACCGCAGCCGGCCUCAUGAGAGGAGGCACCACUCCUCAGCAGGAGAAAAGCAGCGCUACUACUCCUGUGAGUGGUACGGCAGCAGGGAGCAGUGUCACACCAAGUCAGCCGGUCCCAGUCGAUCCACGUCUCCCGGAGAGGGACAGGACGCUUGUUUGCUCAAACAGCAUGGUAGCACUCUGGUCAAAGCUGGUGCUGUAACGCUCCCCUCCGGUUCAAGCACCCCGGGCCGUGGUCGCAGGCAGCUCCCACAGACGCCCCUCACCCCUCGUCCCGCCGUGGCCUACAAGACCGCCAACUCCUCGCCUCACCAGUCUAGUGCCAGCACCGCAACGACGGGGCACCAGACUCGCUUCAGCCGUGGCCUUUCAGAGCACGAACGCUUACACUGGGGCCAUGACGAGUCUCCGAUACCCGUCACACGCAUCGGUUCGGACUCUAAUUUAAACCGGCAGCCGCAGGACGCCAAUCAACAGGCACACCUUGAAGAGUACUUUCAUGACUCUGUGAGCAACCACGGAGGGGGACACUCUGCCAGAACCGCGGCCUUCCCUUCCACCACAGCCUCAGCUUCACACGGAACUGCUGCUGCACCCGUCACAGCGGCCACCACGCAGGGUCGGGCAGGGGUGGUGCCUAACGGGUACCACUUCACCCUCGGGGUCAACUCUGCGUCUGCUUCUGGGAGCCGAGGAAGUCUCAGGGAGAGGGAGGAAGAGGACUGGUGCUAACAUGGCAGAAACUGAAUUAUCAGUGUUGUACAGCGCUCAUGUCAGGUCCAAUGGGCUGAGAGGAAGCCAGCGGAUUAAUCCAGAAGGAGAGAUAAGGAAAAACCCAGUGGAAAGUGUUGUAAAAGGGGAUCAGAAAUCAUUCCAGCUUUGAAGUGUUACUCUCCUUUUUUAUACAACACACUUUUAAGGAAAAAAAGACACUGAUGACUUUUUCUACCCCCUUUACUUGCACUGAAACUAUAGCACCUGUGAAGACCCUUAAGUAUUUUGCCUUGGCCAGUAAAAUCAGUGAUGGAGCAGAAGACAAAAGCCAAAACCUCCUCAUUCUUUGAGUGAAACUCUAAAGUGUGUUUCAGACUGAUCUGAUGCCUCAUACCUGGCUGCUCACAACACUGUUUUUAUUUUUGUAUGUUUCAUGUGGUUUUUGGUUGCCAUGUAGGUGAGAGAAGAGUUUCAACUUGAUCAUAUUGAUGCUUCCACCAAACUUUCUUUUUUUCAUUAGCUGUUACUUGGAGUUAUCACCAAAUUCUUACCAGAACGGAACUAUUUUAUGUCGGUCUUAAACUUCUGACACAGUGAGUAAUGUGACAAAAACUAAACAAUGGGAUGGGUUAGAUUUAGAAUUAGAGCCCAGUUUUCAUAAUUACGUUUUUGUAAAUUGUACCAGAUGUAAAAACUUUGAGUGCACAUAGUGACUAGAUAAGUCUUUUCUGAUGUUAAGUGGCUGAAUACUAAGUGCCUCAUUUUCCAAGAUGUAUUAGGAUGCAGCCUGGUCAGAUGGACUUGAAUAUACAGUAGAAGUGAGUGUGUACACAACUGAGAAAAAGUGUAGAGAACAAAGUUUGAAUCUGGUAUAAUGGACCGAAUGCAUAAAAACAUGUUUUGUACUGAAUCUUGUGGUAGGUAAGUCCGAUUUACAGAUCCAAAGUAAGCAAUGUAGUGCAUGCCGGGGUCUUGAACUUGUCAAAAAAUAGUGUCUGUACUUUUGCUUAAGGGUGUGUGGUAAGCAUUUGCCUUUCUCCUUCAAAUAUACUGCCAGACAGUUGGUAGAAAUGGUCUCUGAAUGCAGAAAAGUGCCAUUUUUAUUUAUUUAUUUCUAAUCAACACAUUUCUCAUAUUCAGAAACACUUCUCCUCAAGCAUACAGUGUAUAUCAUCUCUGCCAUAUUUACCCAAAUUCUAUGCCUUCCCUUUCUUCUCUCGUUCCCCUGAGUGCAGUAUUGUGUGAGGGUUUGUAGGAGAGGUUACCUGUUUGUGUAUUCACAGGUACAAUAAAGAGUUGUGUUGUUGCUGCUGACUGUUGACUUUAAAUAGGGCUAUGCAACAAGACGACACUUCAUCUGCCCUGUAGCUUUACCCUCUGGAAUCUCCAGGUUCAGGCUUUUGUGUGACUGCGACCAAAUUUUACAUUUAUGUAUGAAGAGUUGUAAAUUGUAUAUGUAUUAUAUGAUGUACAGUUAACACACACACACUGAGGCACAAAUGGUAUCAAAGCUGAUAUAUGUGAAUCACAGGGCAUUUUUUGAGGUUGGCAAGUUGACUGCAUGAAGCCUACCCACAUAGAACCACCCAAAAUAUAAAACUGUGUCCUUUCCAGACUUGGGUCAGGUUGUGUUUUUAAAUAGUUUUAGUGGUAUUUAAACUUGCUUGGAAAACCAGAUGAAUAUGAUUGAUAAAGCUGUUGGUAUUCUGUCAGGAACAGUCAUUACUAGAGCUCUAUAUGAGCCUAAAAGACCAGCAGCGUGUUCUUAAGAGCUGACUGAGACCCCACACCAGAGGUUAUAUUUUGCUUAAUUUUAUCCUUAUCUGCAACACGUUGGCUUCACUAUUGCCCACUUGGCUUGACAUAUCUACGUAAAGGUAAAUGCAGGCAAUAUUUUAUAUUUUUGCCCUAACGCUUUAAAAAUGAGUCACAAAUAUGUAGUUUUAUCUAUGAAAAGGCUCAGUAAUUUCCAAAAACAGCUGGGCACUAUAGCUUUUAGCAAAUGUUACUUAAACAGGAGAAAAUAGUGGCAUUUUCAGCUGCCGAUUCAUACUCUUUUGGUGCUCUAGCGAGUAUUUAUGGAAGCUCCAAAGUGUGUGCAUUGAUAAUAAACCACAGUUGGUAAUAAAAUAACACGUUCCUGCUCUGUAUGUGCCACUCAGCCUCAAACACAUUAUUUCCUACUGAAGACAUAAAUCUUUAAAAACUGCUCACAAAUGUAUAGUUUCAUUUUCAAAUAUUCUCAGUCAUUUCCCCAAACAGCUGGGCACUGUAGUGUAGGCCUAAAGCAUGAAUAUGUCGGGGGGAUUUUAUUAGCCGUUAAUUUGAUGCUCCAGUGAUUAUUUGUGGAAAGGAGGACGGUGUGUACGGGAUUGAGCUAAAUAAACUACAGUGUGUGUGUUCACGGUAAUGAAGGAACACGUCACACAGUGCAGCAGUGUGGCCCAUUGAGGGUUUUUAUUUGUUUCUGGAACAAUGGAACUCUGUGGCACAGUUUAAAAAUAUAUAUAUAUAUGUAUUUGUUAAAAAUAAGAACAAUGUAGAAUAUCACAAAACGUAACAUUUAAAACAAAUGAUAGUUUAAUGUAGUUGAUUGACAGAAAACCCUCAGAUUUAAAUAAAAUUAGGUUCAUUGGCCAAAGAACAAGUUAAUAUAUUUUAGUGCAGAUAGAGGAUUUUUCUUUUUUAAAUAAUUUGUCAUCAUUGUGAGUUAGGGAAUUUGAAUGUGAGGCAGGGCUAUUAGAAUAAUUCAAAUGUUACCCAAAAGAGGAUUAUCUGUCAGUAUGUGUAUUUUGACUCAAAAUACAGAUUACAUCAAAAUAACAGACUUCUAGAUGUCUACUGUAUAUCUCUUGGUGCUCUUGUAUUGAUUCUAGGCAAGUUUAUGAACAUGUAAAUUAUUUGCAAACAUAAUUGGAUCCAAGUAUUUCUUUGUGUUUUAAUUUUACUUCCCAUUGUCUCAUAUUUGUGCAAUCUAUUUGAUGGAUCAUCUAAAAGGAGAUAUUUUAGACUUUAAAGCAAUAAGGUCUAAGUGUAGGCAUGGCUCUGGUCUUUGUAAAGGUGAUGUAAUAGAUUGCUUGUUGUCUUUAAACAAUUGCUGUAAGUUGCCAUAUUGGAGCAAAGAUCACUACGGCAGAUUUUUAAAAAAGACCCAACAUUUCCAGACUUCCAACGAGCCCGACAUGAACAGGGUGCCAAGUUUUCCUCUUACAGUUGUACUAUGACUGCCCCCUCUGGACAUGUCCUGUUUGCAUGUUCUGAAAUGAAAAUGUGCAUGUGCAAAAAAAAAAAGGCAUUGUUUGACUUCAUUCAGUCCAUGAUUUGUACAAUUUGUUUCCUGGUUGUAUUUUCUGAUUAUCUAAACACACAAUGUAUCUGUUUCAGGUAAAGACAAAAAAAAAGAGAGCUUGAAUAACAUUUAAUCACAGAACCACCAAAGUGGAAACAAGACUCUUUCUCAGAAAAGAGAUUCUGGAGUGGUUGAAUCCUUCGCUGCCUGAUCUGUUACUUGACUGUCUCUCCCACAGUCAUUUCGACUGUACCUAUAGAUUUUAUAUGAAUAUAAGUCCUUGAAUAAAGAGGUAUGAUUAUGAAA